AUGGCAAAGAUGAAGGAAGGCACAGCCAACAGCACUGUCGAGGACGAACUGCUUUUCAGAGAGGCUUCCGAGUUCGUGGCUUCAGGAUCACCAUACGGAUGGGAUGAAGCCUCACACGAAUGGCGAGUACUCUACGGACUCUUCAAAGUCGCCGCCUGUGGCCCAUGCACUGAGAAGAAGGUCCCUCCAGAGUUGGGCGGGCUGGAUCGGUGGAAGUGGGAGAGCUGGAUUCAGGCGUCCGCCUGCCACCAGUCAGCUGCGACGGGGCGUGACCAUUUUCUCUCUCUUCUCGCGGCGCUGAAGCCUGACUGGGAGGCUGAGAAGCGGAAAAUCGACGUGGCUCGCGGACGCGCCUCGUCCUCUCACUCGGCGCGCGCUGCCUCUGCCGCGUCGGCGGCGGCCGCUGAGGGCGCCCGCGGCAGGGAAGGCGCCUGGGGAGAGCGGCGCUCGCCGCAGAAGGAAGACGAAAGUUCGUCGAGGCGAUCUGGCGUGCCAGCGACAGACAGAGAGGCCCGCGGGAGUUUGGAGGCGCGAGGCGCGCCGACGCGGGGGGGUGAGGCGCUAGAUCGCUCUAGCCGAGACGCCUACGCUCUCUCCACGAUUAGUUCGACGUGUGAGUCCUCCUCGCCAUCUUCUCCCUCUCCGGUGCCUGCUGAGUCGACGUCGCUUUCUUGUGCAUUCCCGGGGUCCUCCGCGUUUGCGUUGCCUUCUGGACUCUCCCGCGCCUCGCCCGCUCCUCUUCACGCACAAGGCGAAGAGAGCGUCGGGCUGCGGCGGCGCGACGACGCGGCUGCAACUCAAAUGCCCACGGGACUUCCUUCGAGGCAGGAAGCCGGAGAGGCUUUGCGUGGAGAGAAGGGGCGCGAGCUGACUCUGGGCUCGGCGCAGGCCGCUCAUGUCUCUCUUCUUCCGCCGCCUCCGCCUCCGCCGCAUGCGUUUUCUGCGGAGGAGCCCAGGGCUGCGGCGCGGGGAGCGUGCGAGGAGGCCAGCGACAAGUCGACGCUGUCGUUCCUCUCGCCGUCGACCUCGCUUCCGUCGCGCAAAGAGAGUCUCGUCUGCGGCGCUUCGCGGCCGUCACUCGCACGGUACGCGAGCCCGGUCGCCGCCGCGAGCGCUCACCUGCCUCUCCCUGCGGCUAUCGCGCCGGCGCUGCAUCCCGCCAGCCGCUCGCCUGCGCCUGAGGCGCCAGGGUCGCCGGCGCGGGACGACGGGGCGGACGGCGACGUGUCCGGUCCCGAGCUUCUCGUGGCGGACUUGGGCGAAGAGGGAACAGUUCAGAAGAUCGGAGGGAGUUGCACGCGGCUCUCUGGGCACGCCUACUACCGCACGGGCUCGGGUCGCGCGGCGCUCUCGCCCGCGGCACGGCAGCCCUCCCAGGAGGCGGAGGCGGCAGAGGGCGACUUGCACGCUGUGCUCACGUCGCUGGAGAGGAAGCGCGAGGGCGGUGCCCGCGCGCGCGGCCGCGCUGCGUCGUUCCUCGACGUCUUCCCGGUGGGCGCCUUUCCGCUGUCCUCCGGCGCAGCGUCGCGCGAGAGCGUCGUCCAACCCCCCAGCGAGGACGGCGACGAGGAGCGGCUGCACCGCCCGUCGACCCCAGAGGCAAGUUCGAGCCCCCCCCUGCAAGCGCGCGGCAGCGGCGCCUCGCAGGGGGCGGAGCGUGGGCUGCGCGGCGCGCUGUCGCCCCUGGCGAGCCGCUCGCCGUCCUCCGCGCGGCUCUCGAGUGCGCGGUCAGCCUCCUUCGCGGCGCCUGUCGGCAUGUCUGAGGCUGUGAUCCGCGUCGCCUCCGCGCGCCGCGACCGCCGAGAGACAGAGAGAGACAGGGAGAGAGAGCGUAGGGAUCGCGAGGCGCCGCGGCGCAGGCGGGAGCGCCGCCUUCCCGAGGACGGCGCCGGCGACGUGGUAGGCGACGCCGGCGGUGGCGGGGGCGGCAGAGACUUCCGCGGCCUUCCGCCGCUCGCGCUGCCGUCGCUUGCCGCGGCUUCGGCGCUCUCCUCGCGGCUGGUCGGUCGCCGCAGCGGCGUCGUCUGGAAGCACAGCGCAGGCUCGCUAUAUCACCAGUGGGUGCAGCGCUGGCUCGUCCUCGACGGAUUCAUUCUUAAAUGCUACACCGACUGCAACAGCGUCAAGCCGCGCACGUCAGUCUCGCUGCAGCACGCUAUCGUGGAGGGCCUCUUUGCGCCGCAAGACAACGCGGAUCUGAGCGGCAUGGACAUUUGGAGCUUCACAGUCCGCUGGCAGCCGCAGCUCACGCCUGACUCAUCUUGGGGGCUCAACCAGGAGUCUUUCGCCUCCACCUUUCUCUCGUCUGCAUCCUUUUCCUCGACUUCGCCGGCGCUUCCGGCGCCGGCCUCCGUAGCUCCGGUUAACGGCAACGCGGCGAUGUCGAAGGCGGGCUCCGCUGUAUCACUGCCGUCGACCAGCACGGCGGAAAAGGAAACACCUGCGACCGCGUUGGGCGCGCCGGACGAGCGCGAGUGGAGUAUUCUCCACCUCGGUCUCAGCAGCGAAGAGGAGGCGUUGAGCUGGCUUGAUGCGAUUCGCGGCGCGAUCGCCACGUGUAACCUGCAUCCUCCGGCGCUGCAGCUGCCUCGUCUCCGCCUGCCGCCUCCCCAGGUCUUUCUGCCUCUCUCGCGUCUGAUUGCGCAUUCACUGCCGUCGCCGGGGUCCGGAGCUCCGGGAUCCAAUGCUCCACUGCCCGCUGACUGGACUGCGGAGGCGCCUUUGGCCUCUGGCUCUCCGUCGACGCCGCUUUCUCGAGGCCUUCUCGGCGACUCAGCUACUCUAGCGCCCUGCGAAAAUAGCCUCAAAAUCCCGAGGAGCCUCAGACCUCUCGUGCCGUACUUAAAGCAACAAGUGGCGAACCUCCGGUGGCUCACUCCGAAUAUAAGCCGACGAUCCCGCGGAUGGUCGCUCGUUCACAUGGACCGCGACCGGACUGUCUACGUCGACGCAGAGAAUCCUCUGCGCUGGGCGACGGUCGCCCUGGUGCGGGCUCCGCUGGAAGUCGUUCUCCAGCUCCUUGCAGAUCCGAAUCUCCUGGCGGCGGGGUCGUCGCUAGCGAGCCGCCGUCAGCGCUGGCGGCGGAGUUCCUGGGAUCUCCUGGAUGUCUUUGAAGCUAAAACGAAGGCGCCUUCUUUCCCGCUCGCCUUGGCCGCUUCUGGCUGCGCAGAUCUGCGCGGAGAGGCUGAAGCGCAGAGGGACGAAGAGGGGGAGCGCGAGGGCGACCUCAUUCAGCUGCGCUUUCCGCUGCUGCCGGUCGCCACCCUGCAAACCGCCUCGGGCGCCGCCGCGUCGCAUGCACGCCCUGGCGAAGAUACCUCAGGUCCUAUGGGGUCGCAUGGCAUGAUUGGGCAAGCGCUUCUUCAGCUCCUGCGUCCUCUGUUCUUCCUAUUUUCUAUCCUCUUCUUCUUCCUACCUCGGAGCUUCCUGUCCUUCUUCAUCCUGAGUGCCCUUUUCCUCCUCGCCACGAUCCGCCUCCUCCCGCUCACGCGCGCCGUGCGCAUGCGCCUGCUUCGCUCCGGAUGGACGGAGCGCUCCGCGGAGCUCGGUCGUCUGGGGUCGGCGUACAUCGUCGCGCGGUCUCCGUCGUCUUUCAGAUGGCGGAAAAGAGACAAGCAGCGUCUCGCGGCGACCUGCGCGGCGGCGCCUCCUGUUGCGUGGCUCGCCACAUCGUCUGCGGGCUCCGCGGUCAAGCCUGAGGCCAGCGAGAGCCUCGCGCAGCUGGCGAAGGCGAGUGGCAGCCGCCUGGAGGCAGCGGCGUUUCGCGCAGUCUCCGCGCUUAGGCGAUUCCUGCGCAAGCUCCGCGGCGCCGUCGCCCGCGUCGCUGGCGGCUUGUCUGGCUGGCCCAUGGACGUCGACGCACAGUUCGUCGGCUGGGAGCUCUCGCGAAGCGCACAAGACCCCUGGGGUAACACGCGCGUCGCGUGCUUCGUGGAGUUUUCCCCCAUUCAGGAGGACGCACUGGCCGCCGCGAGCCUGCCGCCGCCUCGCCGUCGAGCGCCGCCCUCGCGCGCCUCGCUUCCUCAUCGUCUCUUCCCUGGGAGCCUGCGCCUGGCGGCGGUGGGGCAGGCCGCCGCGCGGAGCCCCGCGGCGAUCUCGAGCGCAGCCCUGAGUCUUCUGCUUCUCUUUGGCGGCUCCAGGCGCGGGGAGACUGCAGAGAGCCGCGCGGAUCAAAGCGAGGAAAAAGCGGCGACAGGCGGAGGAGACGGAGCCGGCGAAGGAGCGUCUGGAGGGGUGCAGGGGGAGGACGCGCGUGGUUCCUUUCUCGUUGCCUCGUUCCUCGCCGCCGGCGUCUUUGAGCACAUCGACUGGCUGCAGGAUCUCGCCGACUUGACGAAACAGGACCAGGCACACGACGCGCGUGCCCCUGCGGAAUCCAACGCGGCGGGCGACACCUCAGCCGCCUCCGCGCCUCUCGGCGUUCCUUUCCUCCCCCCGUGGCCACAGGUCGCCAACCGCCCCGCCGGCGCGCUGCUUGCCGCGGCGGCAGACGCGCCCUUGGCGGUCGCGUCUGCAGAGGAGACGCGGGCGCGAGCCGGUGGCUCCUCCGCUACAGACGCUGCGGAGGCCGCAGACGGCGUGGGUGUGUCGCGCUGGGGCGCCUGGACGCUCGGCGGCGGCUGGGAGGAUGACGUCGCCGUCGCUGCGGCGCUCAACGAGGCGCAGCACCGCCGCAUGGAGGCGCUCAUGUAUGCAGGCCCCGAAGACCUCUCCUUCCGCCAGCGCGACGCUCUGCACAUUCUGCUGCAUCGCUACGCCGCGUAUGGGGUCUUCCACCGAGACGUCCUGCUCUUUCUCCACUUGUCGAAUUGGAAUCUGCAACUUGCCGAUGCGCUAAUUUUUCAAAUUCUCUUGUGGAGGUCUGAAGGCUGCAUCGACCGGCUUGAGGCGCGGCACGUCUAUACUGAGCUUUCAAAAUGCUGGGGAUACGUCUACAAUCAGGAUCGGCUCGGCCGCCCCUGUUUGGUCCUGAGGCUGGCGAACCUCUGCAUGGCUUCGGGUGGCGCGAGUGACUGGAAGCUCGCCCUCGUCUUUCUGAUAGAGGAGGCGCUCAAGAGCAUGGGGCGCGACGUGGAGCAGAUCGUCGUCCUCCUCGACGCGAAAAACGUCUCGUUCACCGACAUGUCUGCGCCAGAAAUUCUGCGGAUGCAAACUAUCCUGCAGACCUUCUACCCCGAGAGACUCGGCUUGGUUCUAGUCAUCAACGCGAACUGGACGGCGAGGCUGCUGUGGCUCGCGCUGCGCGCUCAACUCAGCGGCACGACGCGCUCCAAGAUCUUUUUCGUUCCCUCGCAUCCACCUGAGAGAGUGAAGGAGUUUCUGCUCACGUUCUUCGAAGAGCCGCGCCUGCCUCGGUGGUGCCUCCAGCUCUACGCGCCUUCCUAG